AUGAGAAAGAUCCAGGAGCGAAAUGUCAAGUACAUAAAGGAUUAUUUCAGGGAAUGCGACACAGAUGGAGAGCCUGGCCUGGAUGCACGGGAAAUUUCCCUGCUCCUUCAAUCUUUGGGGUAUUUGCCGGACAUGGCAUGCAUAAUUGAAACAAUGUUGCAGCUUGGCGUGGAUGACCCUGAAGAGGACUUGGACUUCUCGCAAGUCUGGCGAUUUCUUGAGAUCUUCCGCAGACAGCAUGGCCUCACCCUCGGCGCCAUCACAGAAGCGCUGGAUGUCUUCAAGAAGUUCACAAGUGACGACACAAUCAGCGUGGACUGCUUAUUGAAGAUGGUGCGAACCAUGGGUUAUGACCUGCACUACCACGAAGUUCGCAGACUCAUGUACCUGGUGGAGUCCAGCGAGUCCGGUGUCAUGAACGAAAAAGAGUUCGUGAUGGUCCUGGGCCACCUGCGUGACAGAGAGCUGCGGCAAAUGUGGAAGGUCAUCCAUGAGGGGUGUAACAGCCCUGCCGCCAAGGAGCUGAAAGAGAGGUUCAAAAGGGAGAUGCUGGGCAUCUCCGAAGGUGAGGAAGCCAGUGGGGAGAAGCCCCGCCGCAAGAAGGUAACCUUCACUGAGUUCAUUCCCUGGGCCACGCAGCUGCGAAACGAACAGCGGGAGGAGGUGCGCAGACAUCACGGCUUCAGCAAGGAGGAGGUGGAAAUCUUUCAGCGUGACUUUGGCUCCUGCUCACAUGAUGCCAGCGGCCGUAUUCGGGCGAGCGAUCUCAGGCAUCUCUUGACGCAGAAGUUCCCGAUGCUGGCAGACAAGACGACAAUGAAGGACAACAGGGCAAAGCUCAGCGAGAUCCUGGCAGGCAAAGAGCCUGGAAGCCGAGUCGGACUGGAUGAGUUUCUUGCCCUUUCACGCGUCUGUGUUGACAUCAUCGAGCUAGACAAGUUGAAGCGCGAAAGGAAGGCAAUUGAGGAGAGAGACUUCACCCCCGCGGAAGUCCACGAGUUCCGCAGCCUCUUCAUGUCUCAGGCAUCUUCUUCAGGGCUGCCAGGCAGCUACCGGAAUCGCCUCUCCUUCGAGGAGGUGGGCGAGCUACUGGCCAGGGUUGUCCCUUUGGGGUACAAAAACGCGCAGGUGCUGAAGCGGGAAGUUCGACAGGUGCACAAGCAUGGCCCCAGAGGGGAUGAUUCGGUGAACUUUGUCGAGUUCUUAAGUUUGAUGGAGCGGCUGCUGGCUGCAAACUUUGGGGGCAUGGCUACGCUGGGCAAGACUGCAGGUGACUUGGUAAGAGAGAGAGGUCAGGCAAACCAGACGCAGAGUCAGGGGCGAAUGGUGACGGCAGCGAAGCCUGUGGCAGAGAUGCCCUUCUCAGUUCGUUUUGGUGUGACUGGGAGUGUGCUGACUCUGGGCAUGGUUAUGAUCUUCAUCUCGCCCUUCGAUGAUGCGCCUUUGUUUCGCGAACCUUGCUACCCCAUCUUCACCAAGGGCUUGCUGUCGCCGGUGUUUGGCCUGCUCAUCUUGGGCUUAUGCAACGAGGCUGACCCUUUAGCUCGACUGGCGGCCAGGGGGUCGCUCUUUUGUGUUGGCAAACUCUCCCUGCCCAUGUUCUUGCUGGCUCUGCCGGCAGCCAAGCUUCUCGAGUUGAAGCAUGACAUCGCUUUCGGUAAACAUUGCCAAGGCAUGAAGUGGUCUGCCAUCGGGCACUUCCUGAUUGAACUUCCUUCGUCGCCUGGCUUAACUUUCCAUGUGGAUCAAAGCAGGCGCAAGUUCGGUGACUACUUGGCUCGGGCGAUGGCGCAGAGGGCCCACUUCCAAGAGGGUACUGCGCAACCACGGAUCACAAAUGAGUGCUGUGGCCAAGCUGUAGCAUCCUUGUCGCGGGUUUUACAAGAGUUCCUUAUCAAGCAGGAAGGCUCUUCGCUUAGAGCAUGGGUACACAAGCUCGACCCGGAUCAUGAACACAGGGUGAGCGAGAUGUACUUCAUGCGAUAUAUGCGAGAGAAUAUGUUUUCCUACGACGCAGGUCAGCUGUACCAGGCCAUAGACCUCGAUGGUGGAGGGGAACUGACUCUGGAAGAGAUUGAUCCCAGAGCUGACGAGCUGUAUGCCCGUUUCCGGAGCUGGUGCUGCAACCAGUUCCCGGGCGGUUCCGACGAAUGCCUCGUGCGAAUGUCCAGAAAAAGCGAUAUCAAAGUGGAUGCUAUUAAGAUCAACCUCUUCCACUUUGAAGCAGAUCUGGUGGCAAAUGGUUGGAACCACGGCUCAGAAGAAGAGUUGUUCAACGCCAUCAGCGCGGACCAGAAAUUCAUAGUGGCCAAUGAUAUGCGGUGGCUCAACUUGGACCUGCGACGGUUCAAGCGAAAGCUCAAAGCAAAGGAGCAGGCCAUGCACGAGACGAAAGUCCGUGCAAUCAAGCAUGGCGCGAAGGACCCCAGAGAAAACUUAGCAGACUUCAAGCGCUUCCUGCGGCACAAGCACGGCGGAAGUUUGUUGAGGGCCUGGCGUCAAUCACUUGUGGAAGGUGAUUCAAUGAUGCUACACAAGGGCCAGUUCUUCAAGGCUUGCGUCAACCUCAAAUGGCGCACGGAUGUCAAAGGCUUAUGGGAGUUGCUUGACACGGACUCAAGCGGAACAAUCGGCAUUGAGGAGUUAGACUUCAAAGCCGCAGAGGAGCUGGCACUAUUCCGUCAGUUUGUCAUGCAGAAGUUUGGAAAUGCAACUCGAACUUUUGCAGCGCUUGACUUGGAUGGAAACAAGAAUGUCAGCGACGUGGAGUUUCUGCAGGCGCUGAAGGAGUUCGGCUAUGAGCAGAGAGAUAAACAGCUCUUCCAUGCGCUGGAUAGACAUGGCAAGAAAAAGAUCAACCUGGAGGACAUCCUGUUCCUUGAUAGCUGGAAGCCUAUGGAGUUCUUGCUGGCGAGUCCGAACCCUGAGGCAGCCCAGGCCUUCAAGCUGAGGCUUCGCGAGAAGUUUGGGACCUUCCUUCGUGCCUGGAAGCUGCUUUUGGACCAAGAUGGCAGCAAUACGUGCACGUGGGAGGAGUUCAGACACACCUGCAAAAGAAUUGGCUUCAAGCAAGAUAUCGCUGGCGCUUGGAGAGCUCUUGAUCAGAAGAUGGCAGGAACGAUUUCCUUGUCGGACAUUGAUCCAGCUUCUAGUACCGUACUUCUGGACUUCCGAACAUGGGCUGUCGAGGAGUUCGGCAGCGUCCGCUCAAUGUUUGCCGUCUUCGAUGAGGAUGGCUCCAAAUCUCUGUCUCUCAAGGAGUUCAAGAGAGCAUGCCGCAUCUAUGGCUUCCGUGGUUUCCUGAAAGGCCUCUUCAACAUUUUGGACGGCACUGGUAGCGGAGCACUGUCGGUCGAUGAAAUUGUAUUCCUGGACCGCUGGGCCACGCAAGAGGAAGCAGAAGCCGACAGGGCGAACGAGUCCAUGUCGCGUUUGCCCAGCAUCAAGCCGGACAGCGCCCCAGAGGAUCUGACAGGCAUGGGUCCAGGCCGAUCCGUGGCCAAGUCGCUGGAGGCUGGGGACUGGAAGGACGGAGACCUCCACCCUGCCUUCCGAACUUGGGCUAACUGUCGGCGCAGACGCCCUGUCAAGAAGCAGGAUGGAUCUCUGCCGCCUCUGGCUUCACAGCUGGAUUUUGGUGAUGCUCGAGUUGUCCGAAGACCUGUGCUCUUGAUGGCCUACGUACCGCAGGAGGUUGCCUACGAACUCCAGAGCGCUCGGCUCCCGAAGAUUCGUCAGGAGGCACGUCGCAGUCAAGCCGAAGGCUUUCACACUGCUCGGUGA